AUGGAGCUGAACAGACUGCUCCUCCUCACAUCCUUCCUCCUGCACAUGGAAGAGGGCCAUGCCGGCCCAACACAGCUGGUCUGCGACAACAGACUCAUUCAGAAGUACAUCAGGGAGGCCAAGGACAUGGAGAACAGAGCGGGCCAGUGCCAGGCACUGCCAGCACUCAACUACACUGUGGUGCUGCCCUUGGUGGACCUCAGCCUCCAGCAGUGGAAAUCCAAACCGCACGAGACCAAGUGGCAGGAGAUCCUGUGUGACUUGGCACUGCUGGUGGGUGCUGUGGCAGGGGCCCAGGGCCAGGUGACCGAGGAUUGCGGGACCAGGCAGCUGAGCCAGCUUUACCAACACGCCAACUUCUUCCUCCUGCUCCUGCAGACCUUCAGCUGGGAGGCAGGACCCUGGGAGCAGGGCUGCUCCCCACGCUCCAAGGAGCAGACCCACAUCACCAGCAUCUUCCUCACCUACCGACAGCUGGUGCAGGGCAAGCUGCGCUUCUUCUUCCAUGACCUGGCCAAGGACUUGUGCAAGCAAGGCCAGGGGGGUGGUAGGGACCCUUGGUGCAGGACCCGGUGA